UGGCAUCAUCCAAUUUUAACUGUCCAGCAUUAAAGCUGUAGUUCAACAACUCCAUUCCCUUCCUCCCUGCCACAUUGAGAGGGCUCCACUGACUUUCACUAGGAACACAGUUGUAAUGGAGGGCAGGCUUCAUUCCGAUUAUGAUCUGCAUUCUCUGGUUGUGGAAAGCAGCAAGGACUUAAAUGAAAUCCAGCAGAGGGAUCUGCAAAAGUUGUUUGCUGUAAACUACCAAGGGGAAGAAUAUAUCUUCUCUCCUGUCGCUUCCAAGCUGUUUCGAGUGAGCUACAGGGAGGAAAAAGCUUCAAAUGAAUUCCUGGAUAAUUUACCACUUGAACUUAGGUCCUGUGGAGAAGUAAUUGAGCUCACAAUCCGGGUAGAAGGACAUCAAGAAGAGGACAACAUGGCAGUUCCCUUUACAGAGCGCAGUUCUGGUAUGGGUCAAAAUACUGGUAAUAUUGCAUCACAGAUAUCAACAAGAUCUAAUAGUAUAUCAGAAACAGUUGAGAUGCUUUCCCCUGUGAUCUCCACUUCCAUCCCCUUAGAAAAUGACUCACAAUAUCUUGUGGUCAGGGAUAGAAUUCAAAAUGUGGUGAGCUAUAAGUUUCCAGGUCUGCGUAUCCAAGUUACUCCAUGGGAGCUGACCGUAUCUGGGUGUCCAAGAGAUUUGUUACAGGCACGAGGAGAGAUCAAGAAUGCCAUAGAUGCAGUCAAGUCUAGGGCUAUUGACUUGCCGUGGCAAAUGACAAGUUUUCUCAACUCGUGGGAUAAGAAAGCUCUUUCAGAAAAAAUAUUUGGCAGGACACCAGAAGGCUGUGUUAUCUUACAUUCAUCCCGAGCUCUGCGCUUAUAUGCACCUUGUACCACUCUUCUCGAACAAGCAGAGAAUUUACUAAAGGGAGCUUUUCUAGAAAGAAGUAUUUAUAUAAAAAAUGAGGACAUAAAUUUCACUUUUUCAGAGCCAUGGAAGCGUUUGGUGGAGAAAAUGAAAAGCAACAAAAAUAUACUUCUCUGUUCUCAUGAAUAUGAAAAUGGUAGUUUGAGUCUGUCUCUGCAAGGCUUUAAAAGAGAUGUGGAAACAGAAAGUGAAAUACUUAAAUAUUACCUUCUCUCACACAUAACAACUCAAGAAGACAUAGACUUAGAGAGCAAAAUAUUAGUUGAACACCUGGAUGACCUAAUGUGUAGCUUUAAUCUGGGGGAAAUAGAGACAGGUGUUAGGUUCUUACCUACUUCAGGCACCACUGUAACACUGAUUGGACCAGAAAAUGCUGUGAAGAAGUCAAUGGAACUGCUCAGAAAUGUAAAGCAAAUCCUUUGCCUUGAUUUUAUUUCAUUUACUGAACAUGGAGCAACAUGGUUUUUUAAGAACAAAGGCAAGGGUAUACUGGACAAAAUCUCUAAGGAUAACAAUUGCAAGGUCUUUAUUGGUGAAUCUAUGGAAGCAUGCAGCAAGAAAGAAACCAGAGGCAAAAAUGAUGGCUUAGGAGCAAUGUCCAAAAAUAAGAAAAACAGUGCAAAAUGGCAGCAAGGUACAGCAGGUUGCACAAUCCCUGGUAAGAAUACUGAUAACAAGAAACCUGUCAUACAACUUAGACUAAGCUUUGGAAAUCUUGAAGACCAAAAGGCAAAUGUGAUCAGUGCCCCUAUUCUUGCUGCCAACCCUAGCCUUAAUGCUCUGAAUGCUACCAAAAGCCUACAAAGAAAGGCCGGGGCCAAAUUCUCCACCCUUUUUACUACACUCCUUAAUGACCGUUCCACCUUGGUACCAGGAAGUCUUGUAGAAAUGCCACUGGCUAAGACUACACAUGCAUUAAAUUGUGACUUCAUGAUCUUCAUUGUAUGUACUCCUUAUGAUAGACCUGAUGGCUCUUCAGUAAAGGAUCUGAGAAAGGGAAUUUCAGAUUUUCUACAGAAAUGCAGUGAUAAAAAUGUAUGUUCGGUGGUAAUGCCAACUAUUGGUGCUGGCUUAGCUUUACGUUUCCCUAAUGACACUGCAGCCAGAAUAUUUGGGGAAGAAUUAAAAUCAUUUGUGGAAAGAGAACCCAAUACCAGUUUACGGGAAAUCCAUCUGGUGUUCCAGAACAACAUGCAGUGUUUAUUUGCUGCCUAUAAGGAAACACUAUUGCAAAUGGAUUUAGGAAAUCACAUUUUGCUAUGCAAUGAAGAUGGAGAUCCUUUCAAAAAGUUAACACUUGGACAACACAUUGAUCUGAGAGCAGCAAAACUGUCAGUGUCUGUGGUCUAUGGGGAUAUUGUGGAGGAAAAAAAUGACGUUAUUGUGAACUCAACCAACUUUACACAGUGGAGACCACAAACUGUGGCUCAUUCUGUAUUUACUGCUGCUGGACCUGAAGUCAUUACAGAUGCUCAACGCUGUCACAAUUCUAACCAAAAAGUUGUGAUGACAGGAUCAGGAAAUCUGAAAAGUAAAUAUAUUAUUCACUGUGACUGUCAAAGGAACAUUUCAAACAUCGAGCACAUUGUUAAGGAAGUAUUACUGAAAUGUGAGGAAUCUGGCCUGCAGUCUGUAUCAAUGCCAGCCAUUGGCACAGGACAGUGCAAGUUCGAUGUAGAGACUGUAGCAAAAUCUAUGGCAUGUAGCAUAUCUUCAGUUGUCCAGAAUUCUAAUCUGUCUAGCCUCUCUUGCGUGCGCCUGAUCGCCCUGAACCCCUAUGUCUACAGUAUCUUUUCUGCUGAAUUUAAGAAACAUUUCAAGCCAGCACAGGAAUCCUCACGGAAGUCACUGGAUCUGCUUACUGCACGUCUAAAACGCAGACAGGUCCAAAACGCCAAACAAAUAAAGUAUAAUGGCAUCCAGGAGAUCCCACUGCCUCGUCAUCCUAUAGCUUUGCUGAGUAUUGUAGGGACAGACAAAAAGGCUGUGGAAACCGUCAAAUGUAUUUUGGAUGCUGAAUUUUCUAACCACUACUGGGAGGAGGAAAUAGAAGAUGCAUUGCUUAAAAGCAUGUCAGAGGAUGAAAUCCAAUGCCUCUUCUCUUUGUUGAUAGACAAACCACAAGUCCGAAUGAUACUGAAUCAAGACAAAGGAUGUAUUCAAAUUAACGGUUGUCAUGCAGAUAUUCCAGAGUUGUCCGUUCAAGUUAAAGAUAAACUCAGAGAUAUGUUACAUGCCAGACUAGAAGAUGCAAAGAAAGAUCAAGCAGGGCUUUUGAUUCAGUGGGGUUAUUGUAAUGGAGCCUCUGUGGCACCUUUUGAAGAUGAAACCUGUCAACAACUGGAAGAAAAGUUUUUAUCCGACUCCAAAGGCACAUUGACUGUUGACUUUGACAACAGGACACAAAUCAUUGUGAACCUUAAGACAAUGAAGGCUGCGAUACCAAAUAUUGGCCAGGAAGUUACUGUUGUGAGGAAGGACUUAGCGUCAGAAACUGAUCUCCCUGGCCACUGGGACAAAAUGAAUGGACAUUUCCUAAUGAUGGUACCACUAGAUUCUGACUCAGAAGAGUACUGUAAAGUUCAUGCUGAUUUUUCUAGAACAGUCGCCAAUUGUUGUAUUGUGAAGAUUGAGAGAGUCCAGAACAUUUACCAGUACGUUGCAUAUGCACUCAGCAAGGAGAUCAUGAAAGAGAAGAAUGGCACUGCUAAAGUGAAUGAGCGUACUUUAUAUCAUGGCACAGCAUCCGAAAACUGCCAGUCUAUUAACUACAGUGGCUUUGAACGCAAUUUUGCUGGACAAAAUGCUACCACUUAUGGUGAUGGAGUCUAUUUUGGAGUGAGUGCCAGCUGCUCUGCCGGGAUAAAAUACUCUCCUCAGGACCCAGAGACCCAACUGCAAUACAUAUACCAAGUGAAAGUGUUAGCCGGACACCACACAGUAGGGAAGAGGGGCAUGAGGGCUCCUCCAUGCAAGUCAACAAGUGAUCCAUAUGAUCUCUAUGACAGUUUAGUUGAUGACAAUGACAAUCCAACCAUGUUUGUGGUGUUUCAUGAUGAUCAGGUAUAUCCUGAGUAUCUUAUUUCCUUCAUAAAAAAUGUAUUGUCGUAAGUUUUGGACUUUUAUAUAAUGGAAGCUUCAGAUAAUGCAAUAGAGGGAAAAUGCUUGAUGUUUCAAUUUUUCUAAAUUCUGCAAUGCCACAACUAUGUAGUAUAAGCUACAUGAUAUGAGUGAAGUUGAUGUACCGUGUUAGCCAGUCAAAAUGCUACAGGGCAACAAUUUUGAAAUAAAAAAUAACAAAAGUGGUAUAAA